UCCGCUCCCUGUCUUCCACCCUCACUCAGUGGAGCGAGCGUACAGGAGGCAGCAGGCAGCUGCCGAGGAGCGAGCUGGGAGGCGACUCCAGCCUCCUCUCCAGCAAAUUGUGCCUCCUGUACAAUGGAAACUAAGCGGUCGCAUAGCAGAAAGGAUGGAGAACAGAGCUGCCAGGCAGGUACGUCCUGCAGCACUUUGACAGUGAGCAGACACCACUUAGGUCUGCAGGGGUCAUGAGGGUGUCGGAGGCCCCGCUCACUGUUCAGAGCAGCUGAAGCAGACAUGGGCAAAGAAGUCUCGGAUGGCAUCGGUAGGCUCAGCCUCAUCGACUUCACCAGCCACAUCCUCCUUUGCCACAACCACCACUGGCUACACAAGAAGUCCUCUGUAUUUGCCAGCAUCUCCCUGUAAGACUUUGCAAUGAGAAUGUCUGAUAACGUCGACACUGAAACAAUGAAGGUUUCCGAGGCCGCCGAACCCGUGUCAUCUGCAAAAGACGCCAAGACUGAGGUGUCUGACCAGAGCCAGAACAGCAGAGAUGAACAUGGUAGCAACAAUAAAAAGGACAUACAGCCUGUGAAGUACUCUAAGUCCAACACCAGGCUAAAGCUCGUGCGGAGCCUGGCGGUGUGUGAAGAGUCGUUUCCUUGCCCUAUUCCUGAGCCUUCAGCAGCACCUCAGGAUGGGUUCCUACUCCAGCCUUUUGAAAAGGAAGAACGAGCUGCACAAGUCCAAGCCGAGAAAGAAGAAAGCUACGACAAGGCGGACAAACCAGAGAAAACACAGAAAAAAAUGCUGUCGAGAGAUUCCAGUCAAGACUAUACAGAUUCAACUGGGAUAGACCUCCAUGAGUUCCUGGUCAACAAACUGAAGGGCAACCCCAGGGAUCGAAUCAUGCUGCUGAAGUUGGAACAGGACAUCUUGGAUUUCAUCAGCAAUAAUGAAAGUCAAAAGAGAAAGUUCCCACCCAUGACGCCCUACCACAGGAUGCUGUUACACCGAGUGGCGGCCUACUUUGGCAUGGAUCACAACGUGGACCCCAGUGGGAAGUCAGUGGUGAUCAACAAAACCACCAACACCAGAAUACCCGAUCAGAAAUUCUCCGAGCACAUCAAGGAUGACAGGGCGGACGAUUUUCAGAAACGCUACAUUCUCAAACGAGACAACUCCAGCUUUGAUCGUGAAGACAGCACGAUUCGAAUGCGUUUGAAAGCUGACAAGAGGAGCAAAUCGAUGGAGGAGAGGGAGGAGGAGUACCAGCGAGCCAGAGAAAGGAUAUUUGCACAUGAUGGAGAUCACUUCAUACUGGAUAGGAGUGCUCAGGAUGAAGACGCAUGCAUGAGCACCCAACAGAGGCGGCAAAUGUUCAGGUUACGGGCCGGCCAGUCUGGCGCCAGCCGGCAGAGCAGCUCGGAGACAGAAGCGCUGCCGCGACACGGCGAGCCCCGGCCUUGGAGCAGCACCGACAGCUCGGACAGCUCCAACCGACUUGCCCCGCGGCCCGCCAUCACGAAGGCUAGCAGCUUCAGCGGCAUUUCCCCCGUCCUCGUCAGAGGGGAUAGCACAGCCAGCAGCAAGAGCACCGGGAGGCUCUCGAAAACAGGUUCAGAAUCGUGCAGCAGCGUCGGUUCCUCGUCCAGCUCGCUGUCCCGUCCCCAGCUGCCUCUCCCAGUCUCGACCUCUUCCCGCUCUAACGUUCCCAGCGCACCUUUAAUCCAUCCCGCUGCUGACGCCAGAGGCGCUGGACACCCUGAGAUGACCAAGAGCCUCCUGACACAGCCGCCGCCAGCUACAGACGCAGCAAACUAUUACCUGUUACCGCUGGAAGCCUCAGGGAUACCACCUGGCAGCGUUCUGGUCAACCCACACACAGGCAAGCCUUUCAUCCAUCCUGAUGGCAGCGCUGUAGUUUAUAACCCAGCCAGCAUCGCCCCAGCUGCUGGCAGGAUCCAACAGCAGGGGAAAACCCCACAGCAGCCAGUUCCUGCCACAGCGCAGCAACAGCCAACCAAUCACCUUCACUCCCAGCCGAUCUGUCCUCCUCUCCAGCCGCCCUCUGAGCCUGUCCACAACCCAAUGGUCUCUUCUUAUCCUCUUCCUCCUCCUCCUCUUCCUCCUUCUCAGUUCCUGCCCGUCUGUGCUAACCAACAAUACACUGUGCCUGACUCUCUCAACGCCCAGUUUAGCCACAUGACUCUGGCGCAGCAGCCAGCCAAUGACAGUGGCCCUUCAGCUCCUGACGGUCGCCACUAUCCCUCUGUGUACCACCACCACCACCCCUCUGCUGUGGUGCUGCAGGGCGCUCCUCCACAGCAGGUUGCUAGCUACAUAGUGGCAGGGCCAUCAGGAGGUCACCCGGGGAUGCUGCAGGGUCAGCCCAUCCCACUCCCAACCCCGGCCCAAAAUCACACGUAUCCCAGCUCCGCCCUGGGUCCUGCUGCUUUUCCCGGACCCGCCCUGAACCAGCCACUCCUGCAGCAGCACACCUACAUCCAGCAGCCUGUCCAACAGAUGUCCUCGUGUUACUGCGCUUCAACCCACCACCCACACUGUUCCAGCACGCAGCAGCAGCAGCACCACUACCGGUCGCCUGUCAGCACGCUGCCCUAUAACUGCCCACAGAGCCAAAACCUGCCCCAGCAACAAGUGCACCAAGCCGUGAUGCCAAACCCAGCGUCCAGCUACCAGACAGUAGUGGGCGUGCAGCCAACACCCAACCUCGCUCUCACUGGCAACCAGCAAAGCAAUAUGGGCAACCAGAUGCAAGGCAUGAUGGUCCAGUACCCUCCAAUGCAGUCUUAUCAGCAGGUUUCUGUUCCACAGCAGACGUACCAGCAGCCAGUGUUUGUGUCCUGCCAGCCGGGACAGGGGGCAGUGGCUGUCGCUGGCAUGCAGCCCUGCUACAGCCUGCUGCCUCCUAACCAGCACACCACCAUGAGUUCAACAGUGAGUUUCCUGCCCACACCGAUGAUGGAGCAGCUCCAGUUUCCUCAGACCUCGUCCCCCUGCGUCUCCCAGCAGCACCCGGGCCAGCAGUACGCAGGGUUGUUACCCCCGGCCCCCAGCAGCGGCAUGGUGAUGCUGCAAAUGACAGCAGCCCCCUGCCAGCAGCCCCGGGCCCCUCCCCCUGCCAGAGGAAACCACUCAGCCACAAACACUUGGGCCCGAGCACCAACGCAACCGCAGGCCCGCCGAGCUCCCUCCGCCUCCGGACAACACCCAGCCUGCCCUCGUCUCCGGCACUCACUCCCUCGCCAGGCCAGCCGCCCAGCGUCAAGGGCCUCCCAUCAGGCAUCUCACCCAUCCCUGUCAUGGCCCACCACCCGCAGCUCCCUACAGCCUUCUGCCACAGUGGACAAGGUGAAGCGCACUACUCUUUACUGGGCCAGCCUUUGCAGUACAAACCCUCCAUCAGACCUCCGUUGAUCCACACUGCACACAUGAUGGCCAAACAUCAGGUUCCUCUGGGGGUUUGGCGUGGCGGUCAUGGGAGGAAGGCCGGCAGAAAAUCAGUCUCUUCAGAUCUCAGUUGAGCAGUCAGAUCCUGGACGUGACACAUCCUCCGGAGGGGAUCAGCUGUACAGACUCCCACCACCUCCUGGCAGAGAUGUACAAAGGGGGCGAAUCGAUCCGCCGGCUGUCGGA